AUGGCUUUUUCUUUUCCCAGGGGAACGGCUAUAGCUCGAAUAGUCGGAUGCACGACGAAGAAUUUCCCGAAUGAUUUCGAUCCUGUGGUUCGGAUGUGGGUGUAUGAGGAGAUGAUCGGUAAUGAGAAAUUGUCCGAAAUCAUCAACACUCGCCACGAAAACGUGAAAUAUCUGCCAGGGAAGGCCAUACCGGAAAACGUCGUAGCUGUUCCCAACUUAGUAGAGUCGUGCAAAGAAGCAAACGUUCUUGUAUUCGUCGUUCCCCACCAGUUUGUCAGAAAAAUCUGCCAUGAACUUCGUGGGAAGAUUGGAGAGGAUGUGCAAGCGAUUUCACUCAUUAAGGUAAGCAUGAAAGGUCUCUCUGCACCUUCCGCCGAGAAAUUAGGCGGCGUUAAGCUCAUAUCGGAUGAAAUCCAUGAGAUUCUUGGAAUAAACGUCAGCGUUUUGAUGGGAGCGAACUUGGCUCAUGAGGUCGCCAAUAAUGACUUCUGUGAAGCCACAAUUGGCUGUAAGGACAUAGCGUUGUAUGGAGCGAUGUUCAAAAAGCUAUUCAAUAGUGAGAACUUCCGCAUCAGUGUUGUUGAAGAUGCCCACACCGUUGAAUUGUGUGGGGCAUUAAAGAACAUUGUUGCCUGUGCAGCUGGUUUCACCGAUGGUCUUGGAUAUGGUGACAACACAAAAGCCGCAGUUAUUCGACUUGGCCUUAUGGAAAUCACAAAAUUCGUCGAGCACUACUAUCCUGGUUCGAACCUGGAGACGUUUUUCGAGUCUUGCGGCAUCGCUGAUCUUAUCACUACCUGCUACGGUGGCCGGAAUCGAAAGUUGUGCGAGGCCUUUGUAAAAACGGGAAAGUCCCUUGAUCAAGUGGAGAAGGAGCUUCUGCGGGGUCAAAGUGCUCAGGGUCCAUUAACCGCCGAAGAGGUCUACUACAUGGUACACCAGAGCGGUUUGUCAGAAAAGUUUCCUCUAUUCGUUGCCGUUCACAGGAUCUGCAAAGGCGAAAUAAAACCACAAGAAAUGAUCUCAUGUUUGCGACGACAUCCUGAACACUUGUAG